GAAAAGCAAAAAGAGCAAAAAUGGCGGACCUACCGAACGUAGAUGGAGAGAAUCCUAAAAGGACACUAGUAUUUGUGAAUCAUGUGGAUUUAUAUACUGGAAAAAGUAUAAGCAAGAUAUUGACAGAGUCUGUGGUUGGUGCUACAGCAGAAGAAGAUGAAGUUAAUGAUGAUGAGUCUCAAGCUAGUGGACAGCCCCAAAUUCCAAAGGAAAAUUGUUACAAAGUAGUUGGUACUUUACAGGAUCCAACGCAAAACAAACCAAAGUGGGUUGAUGAAGUCUUCGAGUACAAUACAAAAGAAGAUCUGCUUCCCCAUCUACUGGAGUGCGACAUUAUUGUGUAUGACAUAACUGGGAGUCCUGAUCAGGUAGAUGAGGCUACUUGGGCUGUGUCAGCCCUUCAUGCAGAACUGGAGAAUUUUAACACAUUGAAAGUAUUCAUUUGUUUAUCAACUGUGAUGACAUGGGCAAGAAGCAAACCACUUGAUCCUGAUGACCCAGAGAUAUCAUUCACGGAGGAUGACUACCGCCGCAGGAGAGCCCAUCCAAACUUCAAAUCCCACAUCAGUGCAGAGAAGCUUGUCAUCAAACAUGGAAAAACAAACAAGUCCAAGUUUAUCACUUACGUUGUGGCAGCAGGUUUAACAUAUGGAUCAGGAGAGGACAUCUUUCACUUUCUGUUUAAAACAGCAUGGCAUGGUCAGGCACCUGCAUUGCAGUGUUUUGGCAAUGGCCAAAAUAUUGUACCCACCAUCCACAUCAAAGACCUGGCAGCAGUAAUUGUGAAUAUUUGUGAUCAGAAUCCCAAAGUACGCUAUCUGGUGGCAGUGGAUGAGUCUAAGAACACUCUUGAAGAAAUUGUCAAGGCUGUUAGUUUACACCUUGGAAAUGGAAGAGUAAAGAACAUCACAAAGGAGGAAGCACUUCUUAUUAAAGAACUUGAGCAAGCUGACUUUGACUUGCUCCUAGUCAAUCUGAGAAUGGAUGCCACUUACAUAAAAGAGGGAAUGAAUAUCAACUGGGUGUCAGAAACUGGACUUACAGAGAACAUUGAUGGUGUCAUUAAAGAGUAUAAAGAAACAAGGGGACUUUUGCCUCUCAGGGCAUGCAUCAUUGGCCCCCCUGCAUCAGGAAAAACUCUGGUUAUCAAACAGCUUUGUGAACACUACAAACUUCAUCACAUCAAAAUUCAAGAUGUGAUUGACGAAGCUGUGGAUAAACUGCUCGUUAUGAAGAUCAGUACAUAAUCAGGUUCUACAAAGACAAAUUGCAUUCCAUGCCUUGUCAAAACCAGGGUUUUAUCCUGGAUGGAUACCCAAAAACAUAUGAACAAGCCAAAGAGUUAUUUGCAGCUGAAGAGGGAGAAGAAGGCGAGGAGGACUCACCACUCAGUUACGACAAACUCAUCAUGCCAGAGGUGGUGGUUUCACUUGAUGCCCCAGACGAAUUCUUAAAAACCAGAGUGAUGAACUUACCUGAAAGUGUCGUCGCCGGUACACACAAUACAGAGGAAGGUUUGAUGCGGCGACUGGCUGAGUUUCGCGCUACAAACACCGAGGACGAGACAGUAUUGAAUUAUUUUGAUGAAUUGGAAAUCCACCCAGACCACAUCGACAUAACUCUGGAUAAAACAAGAAAAAUGACCAAAGUAGUGGAGCAGAUCAAAAAGCUGAUGGGAACGCCAAGAAAUUAUGGUCCAACACCAGAAGAGUUGGCAGAGAUGGAAAGAAUUGAAACAGAGAAGCGGCUUGAAAAGGAACGAAAAGCACGAGAAGAACGUGAAAAACGAGAUGCAGAAGAAGCGGCUGAGAGACAACGACGGGAGGAAGAAUGGCGUGUCCAAUUGUCAGAAGUGAAACGUCAGGAACAGGAGUUAUUAGAAAACCAGUCCAUUCCCCUGAGGAACUAUCUCAUGAAGCACGUUAUGCCGACACUGGCCCAAGGCCUCAUAGAAUGCUGUAAAAUGCGCCCUGAUGAUCCAGUCGAUUACUUGGCUGAGUAUUUGUUCAAGAACAAUCCACAGAUUGAUUAGACAAGCGGGGAAGAUCCAAUCAACGAUAAAAAUUUUGUACAGUUGGAUGGCAAAGGAAACUCUUCAUUGCUGUUCGUUUUUAUAGAUAUACAGCCCAUGCUUUAGUUUAAACCGUGUCGAAGAAAUCAUGGAAAUUUUAGCAGUUUUCUUUCCUGUAAAUAAGUAUCACAAUAAAAGUUGUAUUCAGUUAAUGUUAUCUGCAAAAAAUGUUGUAAAUGUCGAAACAUAGUUAAUCGAGGGGACUAUGGUCGAAAGGACCAAGCUUAAACAUCUCUUGUUAGAUACCUCAUCUUUGUAGUAAUAGACUUGAACUGAAGACAAAAUCAGAUUCAAUUUUCUGUGCAGCCAACACAGAUGAAGCCAGACCACCCACUUUCGCUGAGGUUGUUGCGAAACAGCUGAAAAUCGUUCGUUACUCUUCCUCUAUUUAAUCAAGCUUUACGCGAGCGAAGGCAAAUGAAGAAAUUAGGCGUGAGACUGCAUUUGGUAACUGAUGUAGCGUAAUUUUUAUAACAUUGAAAAAAAGUAAAGGUUGCGUUAUGACGCUA